UUUUUUUUUUCUAUUUUCUUUUAUCUUUUUGUAUCAUAAUGCAAGCUGUUGCUGCUUCUUCAACUCUCCGUAUGGCCUCGCGCCGUUAUUUCUCAAGCUCUACUGUUGCUCGUGUUGAGCAAGUUGCAUCUACACCUGUUGUCACUUAUAAGCGUCCCAUUGGUGGAUUCCGUGGAGGUAUUCUCGGAUUCUUGCUCGGUGCUACAGCUGCCGGUGGUGUUGGAUAUUAUUAUCUCUUGGAGGAGUACCAGACCGCUUCCAAUCUUUUGUUGAACAGCGUUGAAGACUUGCAGGCAUCCACCAACAAGGUCCGCGAUUAUGCCAAGAAGAUCGAGUCGGUUGAGGCUGAGUUGAAGACACUGCGCGCCAAGACAGCGACUAUUGAGCAGUUGAAUGACCUCAAGGCUGAUGUCAAGAAGGUAUAUGAUGGUCUCAACAUUGAACAUCUCGAGCUCAAGUCCCAUGUUUGGGGUCUGGAAAUGGAUCUCCAGAAGAUCCAACAGCAGGCCAAGAGCGUUUAAAAAGCGAAUGAUUACUAAACAAUGAAAAGCAAGAUGGGAGGGUAAAAAAAUCAAAAUGUAAAAAAAAAAAAGGAG